ACAUUUGAACACCACACCGACAAACACACUUAUUGAUAAGGGUUCCUUAGCAUAACUGCAGUCAAGCCUCUGAUACAAUGCCUACCUUCCUUUUAUGCAUCCGAGCGGAGCUGGACAACGUGGAUACAAUCAGCAUACCGUCCACAACGCACUGGUGCCUGGACGUGAAGGAGAGCGCGGGCUCAGAAGAGAAGAAGGGCGUGUACGUGACCUCCACAGAGGAGCACGAGCUGAACGGCAGCAAGGGCACGGCGAACCUGGUGAUGAAGUUCGCCAAGGGCAGCAAGAAGGAGUCCAGUGUGAAUGUGCUGGAGAUUAAGGGCGUCACGAGGCCGUACACAGCUGACGACGACGGUAAGUUUGUACCCAUCAUCGCCUUCGAGUGCCGUGGCCUGGAGCCCAUCGCCUUCCACCCGGAGGGCGACUGGCACGUGGUGAGCAGCGGCGGCACCAAGUACGACAACGUGGAUCUCAAGGAGAACGAGUGGAGCGACUACUGCGAGAAGGCGGCGGCCAGUGUGGGCAUCUACUCAUUUGAGUCCAAGUUCGAGCUGCACAAGGGGUGAUGAUGAGGAGGCGCUGGUGAUGGAGAGAUAUGCAGAUCUGGGAGUGAGCGCGCCAGGGAAUGGGAGGGAGGGAGUUAGGUGAAGGGAGGGAGGGAGGGGUGCUUGUGCUUGACAGCGGGACAUGGCUGGAUAUAUGGCGGGCCGUGCCUGUACAAACCGACCCCGGUUAUGUUCGGGAGAUGAGGUAGACGCUUGCGGCCUCAGACGGGAGACGUGGAAAAUCACUUUCUUGUCACCAGGACACAGUGGUAAGGCAAUCGACAAUAUGGUGUGCGUGGCUUGGGACACGGGUUUGUCUGGGUGCACACUGCACAGGUACUGUCGCGCCUGAAACACGAGCGUGCAGCCUGUUGUGGAAGGAGUGAAGGAGUGAGACUGAGGACGCAGCGGCACGAGCGUGCAGCCUGUUUUCGGGGCUCACAAGCGGGUACGUACGUGGGGAGUGGGUGUUGGCCUGAGGUGGAGUUGAGGGUGGUGGAGCUCUACUCAGCUUGGAUGCUGGAGCAGCGUCGCGGCAUGGGCUGGAGGGUGGAGACCCCUGGAGACUGAGGGUCUCUGGUCCUGGGCACGCCCACAGUUAUCUGCCCUGCGGUGGAGGAAUGCCGUUGGCGUUUGGACUUUGGAACUCAGGCGGGAACGGACAGGGUUUGGUGGCGGCUGUGGACUUGUGACGCACGCCGCCGCAGAUGAGAGACUACGGUUGCGCCCCUGUAGGGGACCUGGGUGGUGUUGUGAUGCAGCGGCGGUUGGCUCGGGAUGGAGCGCCGUGUGAUGUGCUGUACAGCGAUUGCGCACAUAGUGCACGUCUUGUAAGGCUCGUAUUCC